AUGGCGAAGGAAUUGAAAGCUAGGUGUCAAACGACCAGAAGCGACUCACAAUUGUUGUUCAACCAAAUCCUUGGUGAGUACCAGGCCCACAGACUUCACAUGAACACCUACCUUAAGAAAGCCAAAGACAUGCUUUCCCAGUUUGAUCGCUACACAAUCAAACAGGUCCCUAGAGAGAAAAAUUCCAACGCUGAUGCAUUAGCAAAGUUAGCAAGCGCAAGAGAUGCAGAGACCCUCAAUGUUGUUCCAAUCAAGUUCCUAGCAAUGCAAAGCAUCACUAACGCUAUGGACGACAUCGUUGGUAAGUACAGUCUCACCAUUGGCAACCUUUUCAACAGCGACUGCACUGUUACCGACGACCCCGAUGGAAACCACAACUCUCCGAUGCUAAUUGACAAGGAAGAGACAUGGAUGACUCCCUUCAUGAAAUAUCUGAGUGAAGGUGUCCUCCCAUCAGAACAAAGCUCGUCAAGGAAGACACUUUACCAAGUACCCUGCUAUAUCAUACAAGACAAUCGCCUAUACCGAAGGGGACAUUCAAUGUCGCUACUGCGAUGUGUCACCAAGGAGGAGGCCCAAACAUAG